GAAAGUAAGUUACACCUGUCACCCAGGCAUUUGUCAGUGGAGCUUUUGGUGUGGAACAGAAGGGGAGAGAAGUCAACUUUUUGUUAAAGGUCUUCCGAGGCCUUGAACGAGCACUGUCCCAUUCGGUUUGUCUUCCAUCAUUCUCAGAACAAAUUUAGGAAAGUACCAGGUGUGGCCUUAUGCUCCAAACAAAGCUGAGAUGUCUCCAGCAAUGUCCUAUGACAGGGUACUGGAGUAAUAUCACGGAGGGGUGUUGAUUGCACCACAUACUAGUAAGCAUCUUGAUCAGGGCCACUGCAACAGCAGCGGGGCGUGGGGUUUGAACCCGCAGCCUUUAGGUCACGUGUCCAUCUUCCAAAUCCUUGCAGAAUCCAAAAAGAAGGGGUUGCUUUCAAAAACACUGUAUGUACUACUUCCUUUCUUUGAUUAGAAGUGGCCACGGAAGGUGUGGUUGCGCUUGUCUCUCGUGUUGCGUGUGCAGUUUCCUCCGGGAGCAUCAGUCGACUGUCGAGUUCUGAACCUAACCGUGUUCACCUUCGGCCAGUUGACCACGGUCUCUUCGCGGUACCGGUUCACUAAGGAGGCUCCUACAGUCUCAGAGCAGAAGGGGAGAUGGAACCGGGGAGUUUUUCCGUUACGCGGCGCCCGCGUUCUGACAACUGCCCUCUGACACGUGCGAUCGCAGCAGCGCUGCGCGCUCCCGGAGGCGGCGCUCUGCCUGAGGACGGGUGGGCGCGCUGGGAGGGUAUUUCUGCUCUCAGCUGGGCGUGUGCGACGCUGCGCUUCCCUCCGUAGCGCACACACACACACACACACACACACACACGCACAGAGCCGCGCGCUCAUACUAGCGCCGCGCUUGCCUGGGUUUCGAACCCACGUCUCCCUUGCCCCUCCUUCUCAGCGCUUCGGCUCCCCUGCGAAAGAAAGGCAUCGACCGGGCCCGACCCGGCGUCAGAGCUCGUCAGGAAAUCAAAGCAGGCAGCAUGUCCGCCCCCGGCAACGUAGACGAGAAGGAGCUGAGCCCCGUGGACUUCAUCCAGCUGCAGCAGUACAUAGACUAUUGCAGGUUGAAAGUGAAAGAUGUCGUGAAGGAGUUUGAGGCUGACGGAAGCCUGGCCCAGCACAGACACGGAGAUUGCAUCACCGAGGAGGGCUUCCGCCUCUUCCUCAAGACCUACCUGGAGGUGGAGGACUUCCCCACGGACCUCUGCCAGCGCCUCUUCCGAUCCUUCCAGAACCCGGAGCAGGAUCGCUCUGAUGAUACCAGUCCGGCUGUAGCCAGGGAGGUGUGCCUUAAAGAUGUGUCGUGCUACUUCUCACUGCUGGAGGACGGACAGCCUCGAGAGAAACUGGAGUUCACCUUUAAGCUGUACGACAAAGAUGGGAACGGACUGCUGGACAGCUCGGAAGUGGACCGGAUCAUCGCCCAGAUGAUGCAUGCCGCAGACUACCUGGGCUGGGAUGUGACCGAACUCCGGCCGGUGCUGAAGGACAUGAUGACGGCCAUCGACUCGGACAGCAACGGCACGGUCUCCCUGCAGGAGUGGAUUGAAGGCGGGAUGAACAACGUGCCCCUGCUGGUUCUUCUGGGGCUGAAGAUGACGCAGAGAGACGGUCAGCACCUGUGGAGGAUGAAGCACUUCAACAUGCCCGUGUACUGCAACGUGUGCCAGAGUGUGCUGCUGGGACUGCGUAAACAGGGUCUCUGCUGCAGCUGCUGCAAGUAUACUGUCCAUGGGCGCUGUGCCAAUAAGAACCCUGGGCCAUGCACCCGCACCUACGUCAUGUCCAAAAAGGACACAGGGGUAGCGACUCAUGACUGGGUCAGUGGCAGCUGCGACGCUGGGAAGUGUGACCGGUGCCAGAAGAAGAUCAAGAGCUACCACGGGCUGACGGGCAAGCGCUGUGUGUGGUGCCACGCCAUGCGCCAUGACGAGUGUGUGAACCAGGAGCCCACGGAGUGCAACUGCGGACCCCUGCGGGACCACAUCCUCCCCCCAUGGGCCAUCUACCCCGUCAUCAAGGAGAGGUCCAACAACCUGAAGAAUGGCUGUGGUCCUUUCGGAGAUGACAGUGAGUUGAACACCACUCCAGAUGGCCAGGUCCUCCAGAUCAGCCCCAUUCCCAACACACAUCCUCUCCUGGUGUUCGUGAACCCAAAGAGUGGAGGAAAGCAGGGUGAGAGAGUCCUACGUAAAUUCCAGUACUUGCUGAACCCACGACAGGUUUACAACCUCUCCAAUGGAGGACCUGGACCAGGGCUGCACUUCUUCAGGAACCUGCAGGAAUACAGGAUCUUGGUGUGCGGAGGGGACGGCACUGUGGGCUGGAUCCUGGACGCCAUAGACAAGGUGCCUCUGCUGGUGCGCCCCCCGGUGGCUGUGCUGCCCCUGGGCACAGGAAAUGACUUGGCUCGCUGCCUCAGAUGGGGUGGAGGAUACGAUGGGGUCGACCUGGGUCGCAUCCUCAAGGAAAUCGAAGCCAGUUCCCAGGUGCUCAUGGACCGCUGGAGCAUCCAGGUGAUUCCCGAGGACAGCCAGGAGCGGGGAGACCCCGUGCCCUACGAGAUCAUCAACAACUACUUCUCCAUCGGCGUGGAUGCCUCGAUCGCCCACCGCUUCCACACGAUGAGAGAGAAGCAUCCUCAGAAGUUCAACAGCAGAAUGAAGAACAAGCUGUGGUAUUUUGAGUUUGCCACGUCCGAGUCCAUCUCUGCCUCCUGCAAGAAGCUGAAGGAGUGCCUCACGGUUGAGUGCUGUGGAACACCCCUGGACCUGAGUGGGCUUUCUUUGGAAGGAAUUGCCAUCCUCAACAUUCCCAGCAUGCACGGCGGCUCAAACUUGUGGGGCGAACCCAAGAAGGUUGACAGCAAAGCCUCUGCAGAUCAUGAGUACCCAGAGGUCAUCGUGGAUCCUGAUGUCCUCAAAACAAGUCAACAGGAUAUUAGCGACAAGCGCCUUGAGGUGGUGGGGCUGGAGGGGGCCAUCGAGAUGGGUCAGAUUUACACCGGACUGAAGAGCGCCGGACGCCGACUGGCCAAGACCUCCCAGAUCACUAUCAGGACAAAGAAAGCCUUGCCCAUGCAGAUCGACGGCGAGCCGUGGAUGCAGCCACCAUGCACGAUACACAUCACACACAAGAACCAAGCCAGUAUGCUAAUGGCUCCACCUGCCAGGUCAAGCAGCUUCUUCAACCUCAAGUAGAGCUACGCUAGAGAUGGACCUCAGGACCUGUGGCUCCUGGGGAUCUGGGAACACGCUACAGUGACUUCUACUCUUCUGCACAUUACUGCUCGAAUGUUAAACUGCGUUGGCCGUGAAGUGCGUUCUUGUUUGUGCGUAUGUUUGUGUGUGUGUGAGAGAGCAAGAGAGAACUCAAUGCAGUUUACAAAUAAUACAGAUGUUUAAAACCCCAAAACCAGUUAUGAGGCCCAUGAUAAGGAAAAGAGGAACUGGUUACGGGAGCACGCAAGAUGUGGUGUCUGGGUCGGCCUUGGACGCGACUGUGAACAUCAGACACAAACUUGACAGCUGCACCAGUACUGCUUUUUCGCUUGUACAUUCGUGAGCUUUCUCUUAUUUGGUCCGCAAACCUUAUUUUAAUCUUCUGUCUUAAACUAUGGCAUCAUAACCUGGGGCGUGCCAUGUAGUGAGCUUCGUACACACCUCAGAGGUCCACUCGCUGCGGGCGUGAAACCGAUCAGCUGGAACCCCUUCCAUCAUUCUAAGCAACUCUUCUCGGUGUAGCUUUAUUAUAUGUCAAUGUACCGUACAGCUACUGUAGGUUACACAAAAGUGUAUGUAUGAUUGGAGCUAUGGUAAGACUGAAAUAUGUGUAUUUAUUUUUUUUUUUCUAACCUGUACAUUUUAAAAAUGACCCCUUCCAAAUCCUGAGAAUGACUAUGAUUUUAUCCCUCAGAUUAAAAUGUCUAUUAAUUUCUGUUAAUAAAGAAAAAUACUGGUG